AUGCAGAAUUUUUCGGCUGCCUCGGUAAAUUUCAGCCAGACCAGGAAGCAAAAGGGAGAGUAUACGACAGCCCCAUUUGAUCCACGCUUCCCAAAUACCAACCAGACCCGCAACUGCUACCAGAAUUACUUGGAUUACCACCGCUGCACCAAGGCCCUGGCAGCCAAAGGCAAGGACACCAAGCUGUGUGACUGGUACCGCAGGGUCUUCACAUCCCUGUGUCCUGUGUCCUGGGUGAAGCGCUGGGAUGAGCAGCGGGAACAAGGAACCUUUGCUGGCAAGAUAUGA